AUGAGCUCCAGACGGGAGCUGACGAGGACGGCCUCGUCGAACCUCCGCACCGCCGCCGCCAGUCGCACGAGCGUGCGCCCGACGACGACCAGAACCUCCAACCUGCGUUACCAGAGCGGCCCUUCGAAAAUCGACAGGAGCCGCGCGACCUCGCCUGCAGAGUCUGUCGCGUCCACAGCCACGACCGCGACGAAGCGCAAGGAGCGCGACUACGAGUACGAGGCUCCCGGCGGUGGGACCAACAUCAGCGUCGUCGUCAGAUGCAGAGGCCGCAAUGAGCGCGAGGUUCGCGAGAACAGCGCCCAGGUCGUCCGCGCAGACGGCGCGAAGGGCGAGAACAUUGAAUUGUCCCUCGGUGCCAACGCCCUCAGCAACAAGACAUACAACUUUGACCGCGUCUUCUCCGCCGCGGCGGACCAGACUAUGGUCUUCGACGAUGUCGUCAAGCCUAUCCUGGAGGAGAUGCUUGCCGGCUUCAACUGCACUAUUUUCGCCUACGGCCAGACGGGCACUGGCAAGACCUACACCAUGUCUGGUGACAUGACCGAGACUCUGGGUCUCUUGAACGACAACGCCGGCAUUAUCCCAAGAGUUCUUCACGCCCUAUUCAACAAACUCGAGGUCGACGAUACAGAGAGCUGCGUCAAGUGCUCUUUCAUUGAGCUCUACAAUGAAGAGCUCCGCGAUCUGAUCUCCGUCGAAGAGGACCGCCACAAGCUUAAGAUCUACGACGACACAUCAAGGAGGGGCCAUGCAACCACCGUCGUCCAGGGCAUGGAGGAGAGGCACAUCAAGACCGCGAGCGAGGGUAUCAAGGUUCUCCAGGGUGGAAGCUUGAGGCGUGAGGUCGCAGCCACCAACUGCAACGAUCUCAGUAGUCGAAGUCACACCGUAUUUACCAUCACCGCCUAUGUCCGCAAGAAGGGCGAAGACGGAGAGGAGGACUACGUUAGUGCCGGCAAGCUGAACUUGGUCGAUUUGGCCGGUAGCGAAAACAUUCAGCGAUCCGGUGCCGAGAACAAGCGCGCCGCUGAGGCAGGCUUGAUCAACAAGAGUCUGCUGACUCUUGGCCGAGUCAUUAAUGCUCUGGUCGACCGCAGCCAGCAUAUUCCCUACAGAGAGUCCAAGCUCACUCGACUUCUCCAAGACUCUCUUGGUGGACGAACAAAAACAUGCAUCAUUGCGACGAUUUCGCCUGCCAAGAGCAACCUCGAAGAAACAAUUUCCACACUCGACUAUGCUUUCCGCGCCAAAAACAUUCGCAAUAAGCCGCAGCUUAACGCCAUGAUCAAUAAGAAGAUGCUGCUUAGGGACUUUGCAACGGAGAUCGAGAGGCUGAAGAGCGAGCUGAUUACUACUCGGCAGCGCAACGGUGUCUACCUCUCCAACGAGUCCUACGAGGAGAUGACUGCCCAAAGCGAGUCGCGACGCAUUGUUGUGGAGGAGCAGGCGGCCAAGAUGGAGACCCUCGAGAACAAUUUGAAGAACAAGGUCCAAGAACUCUUUGCUCUUACCUCGAGUUUCAUGGGCCUGAAGAAGGAUCAUGAAGGCACCAAGGCUGAGCUCGAUGAGACACAGGGUGUUCUUGACCAGACGGAGCUUGUUCUGGCGGCGACUCGCAAGAGCCUGUCUGAGGAGACACACAUUCGCAAGGCCCACCAAGAGACCGAAGAGAAGCUGGCCGAGGUCGGUGGCGAGUUGAUUGCCACUCUGCAAAAGACUGUCAGCGACGUCGACGGACUCCGAGCCAAGAACAAGCGCAAGUCUGACCUUCAGUUCAUCAACCGUAGCGCCUGGGGCACUGCCCAAGCCGAGGUCUCUGAGGUGACGAGCAUUGUUGAGCAGAGAGUCCAGAGCUUCCAGAACAAGCAGCGGGAGAACAUCUCGGGGGUUUCUGAGCGCAUGAACGCCUUCGUCAGCGAGGAGUUGAAGAAGCUGUCCGAUACUCAGAAGUUCUUGGAUGAGCAGCUGGAGUCGUUCACCGAGUCAAGGAGGGAGCUCCUGGAGCAGAAGGAGAAGUCCAAGGAUGAGAUGGACGACGUCCUUGAGGAGAUCAAGGUUGUUCGUGACCACGUCAAGGAGCGAGUAGGCGACAGCCUGCAGGCGAUUGCCGGUGCUGCCGAGCGCAUCGCUGCGGACGUUCUCAGUGAGCUGGACACCUUCCACAGCCAGCUCCACUCUUCAUACAGCUCUCUGGGCAAGGAGUUCAAGGGCAUUUUUGAGGACCUCAUGAAGCACAUUACCGAGCAGCGAAGUGAAUCUGAUAGACUCAGACAGCAGCUCCAAGCCGCCACCAACACCGUUGUUGAGCAGAAUGCAAACAUCUCUGAUCAGAUGCAACAGGUGUUGGAAGACGAGAGGAAGCAAGCUGCGCAAGACCGCCAGAACCUGCUUGCUCAGAUCACUACUCUCAUCAACGCACAGGCCGAGACUCAGGAGACUCGCCUGGCUGAGAAGACUUCUCAGCUGCAGCGUAGUGUCCUGGACUCGAAUGUGGCUCUACUGGAUAGCGUCACCCAGUAUUCUGAGGACAUGGACAUCUGGGACUCCAAGGAGGGCCAACUUCUGGAAGAUGUUGCCAAGUCCCGUGACACGAUGAAGAAUAAGUUGAAGGAUGACUGGAAUACCGCAAACGAUCACAGCACCACUAUCCAGGAGACCACGAAGUCGGUCCACGCCGAGACCGUCCGUGUUGUCGACGAACAGCUCAAGGAUCUGGACGUCCAGAUGGAAUCUUUGGAUGCGUUCGUCACCCGCGCCCGCUCCGAGAACGCGUCGCACCACGAGAAGCACGGCGAGUCUAUGGAAGGCUUGUCAUCAACCGUCGAGCAGUCAUUUGGCAACAUCUCCAACCACUUCAAGGUCACCUUCGACCGUGUUAAGGACCUUGGAGAGGAGAUGGAGACCGAGACUGAAGAGAUGCAAGAUGGUCUGGAGCCGCUCACCCAGGAGCUGUGCAAGCCGUUGAGCAACCUCCGCAAGGACAUCGAGUCGACCAACAUCAAGGAGUACCAGCCCACUGGCGCGACCCCCAUGAAGAUGCAGUACCAGUACCCGACCAACCUUCCCCGGACCGAAGCGCACGAAGCCCUCCUGGCCAACAUGAAGGACGAAUCCACCCCAACCAAGCCAGUCAGCGAGUCGAUGGUCUUUUCGGACAUUGACAACCCAGACCUCCACCGCUCGCCGCCGGCGCGCCAGUCGACCCGUAUGUCGACCCUCAGCAUGAUUUCGGAGAUGCCCCCUUUUACAAUGAGUCUGCGGGAAGUCAACCCUAACACGACUAGCAACCUUACCUUCGACCCCUCGGCGAGCAUAAUGUCCAUCAACGAGAACACGGCCCCGCUCCUCUUCAACAAGCGCACCUCGACCAGGUUCCAGAGCAAGGGCCCGCGCAAGCAGACCAGCUUGCUCCCCAUCGAAGGCCGGGAGAACGUGCCUCCGUCAUCGUUCUCUCAGAGUCUGGGACCUCGCAGGAAGAGCCCCCGUUUGAAUUAA